AUUGAUGACAUUUAAAAAAAGGUGAUCUUGGCAAGGAGGUUAUGUUUACUGGUUAAUUUUGUCGAGUCAGAUCAAAUAUCUGCGGAUUCAUUUCAAGAGCAAUAACAGUAACAACAAUAUGUUGGUAACUUUAAAAACAUUACAACAACUAUCUUUUCAAAUAGAAAUAGAUCCUGAGGAAACUGUCAAAGCACUAAAACUUAAAAUUGAAGUUGAGAAAGGUAAAGACUAUGCAGCGGACUAUCAAAGACUUAUUUAUGCGGGAAAGAUUUUACUUGAUGACAAUAAGAUAAGUACGUAUAAUAUAGAUGAGAAGAAAUUCAUUGUCAUUAUGGUGACUAAACCGAAACCAAGUGAAACACAGGCAUCGUCGACUUCUGCUCCCGAGGCGGGAGAAUGUGCCGCCUCGACUGUAGUAGGAGAUAGUAAAGAGAAAAGUAGUACUGAGGAAACGCCACAGCCACCGACAGCCGCUGAGCCCGUUCGUAAUGCUGAGCCUGCUGCACCAGUUUCUGCCGAACUCGAUUUUGAAUCAACUGUCCAAAGCAUCAUGGAUAUGGGUUACAAUAGACAACAAGUAGAACAAGCGUUGCGAGCUUCUUUCAGUAAUCGGGAGCGAGCAGUGGAAUACUUAAUCACAGGUAUCCCAGAGGAAUUGCUACAAGAACAAGAGGCAGAAGAAAGUUCUGAAGAGGAUCCUUUAGCAUUUCUUCGAGAUCAACCACAAUUUCAACAAAUGCGUGCUGUUAUCCAACAAAAUCCUAAUUUGCUGAAUACAGUUCUCCAGCAAAUUGGGCAAACAAAUCCUGCUCUUCUGCAAGCUAUCAGUCAACACCAGCAAGCUUUUGUGAGGAUGCUAAAUGAGCCCGUAAACCCACCGGCUACUGGGGCAGCUGUAGAAGACAGUGGUCCGGAAAACCCUAUACCACAACAACCACCAAGUGUUGUCCAGGUGUCACCACAAGAUAGAGAGGCCAUUGAACGGUUAAAGGCACUAGGUUUCCCUGAACACAUGGUUAUUCAAGCAUAUUUUGCCUGUGAAAAAAAUGAAAAUCUUGCAGCAAACUUUCUGUUGUCACAAAACUUUGACGAUUGAUUUUUAUUUGAUGCACCUUUAUCGAUUCAGUGAGUAUGAGAUAUAAAAACAUUAACAAAAAACAGUGUAAUUACUGUUAUCAUCCAGCCUAACACUUGUUUGCUUUAAAUAUUUCAUGUGACUUUUCACAUAGAAUUACACAAUU